AUGUCGGACCACACGUACAAGUUUAACGUGACCAUGACCUGCGGCGGCUGCUCCGGCGCCGUGGAGCGCGUGCUGAAGAAGCUGGACGGCGUCAAGGACUUCGACGUCAGUCUCGAGUCUCAGACUGCGACCGUUAACACUGGCCCGGAUGUGUCGUAUGAGACGGUGCUGGAGAAGAUCAAGAAGACAGGGAAGACGGUUAAUAGUGGCGAGGCGGAUGGGCAGGAGAAGGCUGUUUGA